AUGGCUGCUGAAGCAAAUGAUAUAACGGAACUAUUGAAUUGUAUUAAACAGUUUGAAACGACCGUCAAAAGUGGCAAUGAUGAAGCCGAGAACUGGCGACAAUGUAAUCUUAUUAACGAGCAGAAAAUAAGGAAGUUUGCAAAAGUUAAGCAGAAACUGCAGUGUGCAUUGAAAAAUUCUGAGCAAGAAGUGUCACGAAUGCGCGAGAAGGUCCGAAAAGCCAAAAAAGAAUUCGAUUACUGUGAAAAGCAAAUAGCAGAAUACAUCGCGGCAAUUGAAGCCGCUCGAUGUGAGCACGAUGAAUUGAAGCGCGAAACCGAAGAUUUCAAUGCAAAACUCUCUGUGGUAGAAGGAAAUAUCCUAGAGAGCAUUUUUAAAACCCAAAUUCAAAUCUAUAGACAAACUCAAGAAGAAAAAAAAAGAAUCGAUGCCAAGUUAGGACUACUCGGCGGUGUCAACAAUGGACCACGUCAGGAAGAUGUGUCAGCUGUUCAAAUGCAUAGUGAUACCUUAAUUCCUCUUUCCCAUCUGUCUCUUGAAAUGUGUUCUCAAGGUCCAUAA